CGCCGCCAUCUUACCGCGUUACCCGUCGCCUGGGGAGACCGGCGCUUUUACGACGGCGCGGAUUACGGCCCGGCUUCCGGUGGGCUCGGAACGCGACCUGAUUGGCCGCCGGGAGCCUGAUUGGCACGCCCCUUGCGCCGGUGGCUGCGCGUCCGGAGCCGGAACCACUGCCGGAGGCUUCGCAUCUGGGGUCCCGGCCUGCACCCCGGCUCCCCCCGCAGGACGCUGGGCGCCAUGGCCUCGCCGCCCCACCCGGAGGAGGACGAGGGCCUGCGGGGCUGCGAGCUGUACGUGCAGCGGCACGGCGUGCAGCAGCUGCUGCGGGACUGCGUGGUGCACCUGUGCGUGGCCCGGCCCGACCGCCCCAUGCGCUUCCUCCGUGAGCACUUCGAGGCGCUGGAGAAGGAAGAGAACAGACAGAUUUUGGCUCAGAAGUCAGCCUCCCAGUCCGACUCGCACGAUGAGGAGGUCUCCCCGACGCUGCCGAACCCCGUGGUGAAAGCCCGCUGCCGCCGCGGGGGCGUGAGUGCCGAGGUGUACACCGAGGAGGACGCCGUGUCCUACGUGCGGAAGGUCAUCCCCAAGGACUACAAGACGAUGACGGCGCUGGCCAAAGCCAUCUCCAGGAACGUGCUGUUCGCCCACCUGGACGACAACGAGAGGAGCGACAUAUUCGACGCCAUGUUCCCCGUCACACACAUCGCCGGGGAGACCGUCAUACAGCAAGGGGACGAAGGCGAUAACUUCUACGUCAUUGACCAAGGGGAAGUGGAUGUGUACGUGAAUGGGGAGUGGGUGACCAACAUCAGCGAGGGCGGCAGCUUCGGGGAGCUCGCGCUCAUCUACGGCACCCCCAGGGCCGCUACCGUGAGAGCCAAGACCGACCUGAAGCUCUGGGGCAUUGACCGUGACAGCUACCGCCGCAUCCUCAUGGGCAGCACGCUGCGGAAGCGCAAGAUGUACGAGGAGUUCCUCAGCAAGGUCUCCAUCCUCGAGUCCCUGGAGAAGUGGGAGCGCCUGACGGUGGCCGACGCCCUGGAGCCCGUGCAGUUUGAAGACGGGGAGAAGAUCGUGGUGCAGGGGGAGCCCGGCGACGACUUCUUCAUCAUCACGGAGGGCACGGCCUCCGUGUUGCAGCGCCGGUCCCCGAAUGAGGAGUACGUGGAAGUGGGGCGUCUCGGGCCCUCCGACUACUUCGGGGAGAUCGCGCUGCUCCUGAACCGGCCCCGGGCGGCCACCGUCGUGGCCCGCGGGCCCCUCAAGUGCGUGAAGCUGGACCGGCCCCGCUUCGAGCGCGUGCUGGGGCCCUGCUCCGAGAUCCUCAAGCGCAACAUCCAGCGUUACAACAGCUUCAUCUCCCUCACCGUCUGAGCCCGCCCCCAGCACCCCGCUUCCCGCGUGUGGGGCUCCUCUGUGUCCAGGGCCCGAGGGCACCGCCCUCCCUCCGACUCCCGUGUGGAACGGGACAGUCGCCCGUGCAUUGGAAAACGGGGGAAAGCAGGAGGUCCCAGACGGAGGAGCAGUCGCUGCCCCUCCCCACGCACGCCCAUCUCUCCACGCGCUGUGGGCUCACCGUAGGGAUCCCUCCACCCUCCCCGCGUCUUCUGGGGGACGCCGAAGCGUGCUCACCCCGUGGCGGGAGGUGAGGGCCCGGCCACCUCUGUGACCCAGGUCACCAGGUCUAACGUGGGCAAUGGUGUCCACGCGGGUGUCCCGCAGGCCUGGGGCUCCGAGCGGGAAGUCGAGGCUGAGGAAAGAGUGGGUCCAGCCCCCCCAGGGGUCCUGUGGGAGAUGCUCUGGGUCAGGGCGCCUCGGAAGGAGGAGCCCGCCAGCCCUGCCUCCGGCCGCAGGUGACCCCACAGGCCACAGGUGACCCCCACGGGCCGCAGGUGACCCCAU